CCCGCAGACAGCCUGGCCGUCCUCCAUCCUGGCACUUCGCUUCAUCCUGGUACCUGCAAGUCCCCGGACCAAAAACAGGAAGCGUGGCCAGCAGAGGGCAGCAGUGGAUAGUUUGGACUCAGAACUAAUGAAUGACGUCAUCUUACCAGAGGCGAGUGAUGAGCGCCGCCGAAGAGGAGCGUGACGGCGACACGCUGGAAACGGUGGAGUCGGUCACACUGACGCACGACGACGAUGAUGGCGUCGUAUUACACUCCCCCUCUAACGAUGACGACUGUGAGCCCCUUGCCAAAAAAGUGUGUGUCGCCCCAGAGGACUCAGACUCCUCCUUUUCUGUGGUGGCGGUGCCCAUGGCCGACGACCACGAGCGCUUUGAGGUCACCAUGACAACCACGGCGGAGGGCGGCCUCUCUCAGGAGGGCGUGGCUCACAUUCAGGUCCUGCGUGAGGAGGCGCUGUCGGCCAAUGAGAAGGCGGAGGUGUCGGCCGUUAGCCAGGCGUGGUUCACCACCAAAGAAGACAAAGACUCGCUGGCCAACAAAGGUCACAAGUGGAAACAAGGGAUGUGGUCCAAAGAAGAGAUUGACGUUCUCAUGAGUAACAUCAAGCAGUACGUCAAGUCUCGAGGCAUGGAGGACCCGGCCGAGAUCAUCUUUGAGAUGUCCAAAGAAGAGAGGAAAGACUUCUACCGCUCGGUGGCGCUGGGUCUGAACAGGCCGCUCUUCGCCGUCUACAGACGAGUUCUACGGAUGUACGACAACCGCAACCACGUUGGCAAGUACACCCCAGGAGAGAUUGAGAAGUUAAAAACGCUGAGAGAUCGCCAUGGCAACGACUGGGCCGCCAUCGGCGCCGUGCUGGGUCGCAGCGCCUCCUCCGUCAAGGACCGCUGUCGCCUGAUGAAGGACACGUGCAACACGGGGAAGUGGAGCGAGGAGGAAGAGCGCCGUCUGGCCGAGGUGGUGUACGAGAUGGCGGGCACGUCUCCGGGGUCGGCGGUCACGAGGGGCGUGUCCUGGGCGUCGGUGGCCAAUCAGGUGGGCACGCGCUCAGAGAAACAGUGUCGCUCCAAAUGGCUCAACUACCUCAACUGGAAGCACAGCGGCGGCACCGAGUGGACCAAAGAUGACGACCUCAACCUCACACGAAGAAUUUUAGAGUUGGAAGUCGAAGAUGAAAAUGAAAUCCAGUGGGAGGAGCUUGCUGGCGGGUGGAGCAGCGUGCGCUCGCCGCAGUGGCUGCGAUCCAAAUGGUGGAGCAUCAAGAGACAAAUAGCCAAUCACAAGAAGAUCCCCUUCAAUGUCUUAGUCAAGGCCCUCCACGAGGUCAUGGCGUCCUCGCAGGCGGCAAGCGGCUCAUGCAGCCCCUCCCUCCAGAUACGACUCAGCCGAUUGGAGGAGAGCGGCGCUGGCCCCGCCUCCGGUUCUGUGGCGGCGUUGCAGAUUCCCAUGCAGAUCCCGCUCCAGAUCACGCACCUGGACUCGACGACGGCAGGCGGCGACGGCGACGCCAUCACACUCAGCGGCGCAGCUCUGCAGGCCUUUGAGAUCUUGCCGUCCUUCCAGCUGCAGCCCACCAGCACGCCGGGCACAUACGUCCUGCAGACAACGUCCAAUCAGGGUCUGCCCAUCAGCUUAGCCAAUAGCGGCACCGUUACCUUGACGACGGGCUCCUCCUCAGCAUCCCACGAGCACAUCAUCCUCCACAGCCUGGCGGCCGACAGCCUCUGCUCCGGCGACGGCGUCAUCAUCCAGACUCUCACCUCCGACUCCGCCCCCUCGGACCCUCUCGACCAAGCAGAGCUGGUCGUAGAGACCGAGGGGCAGAGUCAGGAUGCUUCCGGUAUUCUGGAAGGUUCGGAAAAAGUGGCGGGAAGUGAGGAGCCAACGACGAAGGAGAUGACCUCCUCAACGCCGCAUCCCGAGAUACCGAGCAACGGCGCCGUCCUGAUCGUGUCUCCUCCCAACAUCAGCAGCACGCUGACAGAUCCCAUCUUGGAGAACCAGGAAGGUUCCGAUUAGAACUUUUUCAUCUUCAAAAAGGACACGUUACGUCGACUGUGCCGAACAAGAAGAGCGGACUCAGUUGCAUGUAUUUAUUCCGUAAAAUAGUCAAAUAAAAAAAGG